GUUUGACCGCUGGACGGUCACACUGUACUGGCUUGGCUUUUGAAACGCGCCGCUUGUAUCUUUUGAUUUUUUAAAAAAUGUUGCCUUCUGCUAAUUUGGCCAACGUUUACGCGGAACUAAUGCGCCGGUGCGGCGAGUCCUACACGAUCACCUACGGAGCACCACCCACCUAUUUGGUCAGUGCUGUGGGAUCCGCAGAGGCCGGCAGGAAGGUGGUGCUGGUCUUCAAGGAGGAUCGCAGUGGAGCAGCGGCUAGAAUCCGGACCACGCCCACUAAGGCGGUGCCUGGGAAAAUAGAUUCUGCUGAUCUCGAUCUCACGGGAAGUCCUCUUAAGGACGAUUGCUUGGUGGAUGCCAUAGCAGAUCUGUCCAUCGAUCUGCAGCUGGAGCACUCCAAUUCAUGGAAACUGGAGGAGGAGUACCAGCGUGGAAUACCCGUGGACAAGGCCAGGUCCAUUAUAUGCUCUGAAUUCCUGCAAAUGUGCGAGGGACUCGGCUCCGUGUGGUUCUUAUGCGAUGGCUCGGAUUCCGGGCAAACACAGCUGCUCCAAUACGAGUUCAACCCCAGCCACUUCUCCAGGGGAAUAAUGAGCUACCAAGGAGUGCUGCCUGCCUAUAUGGUAACCUCUCAGUCCUUGGUCCGCCAACAUGGUAAAGCACCCCAAGACACAGUGAUCGAAAACAGCUACCAGGUGGGUCCACACAUGAGACUGCGCUGCUCCUGGUCCUCCAACGCUGCUCUUCCAUCGCUCGCAAAUCUGAACGAUUGCGAAGUGGCUCUAAAUCACACAUUUCGGGUGGGCGAGUGCAGUCCCUUGACACAGGACUUUAUGAAUCAGCUGCGCAUCUUGCUCUUUAUUCGCGAGGACAUAGUCUCCUUUCACAAGGAUGUCAAGCGGGGCAUCGCCAGGGAUCCCAUCUACCGUUGUGGCAGUGGCAUUGACAUGGAGGAGCUAAGGGAGUCCAUCAACCAAACCAUGACUGAUGUUUCUGGGUUCGUAAAUUGCUACGGCAUUGGCAACGUCGAGUUAGACCUCGAGGAUGUGGUGCAAAGGGCCAAGGUGCGGCGGCUCACCGAUCUCACCGACAAACUGUGGGAGCUGCUCAAGAGCUGCGACUCCUACAAGGACCUUAAAAUGGCCUUCAAUAUGCUCUUUCAGUGCGCCGCUCGCUAUAAUAUAGUAAACACUCCAACCAAUAAAAAUCGCCUGGCCAAGCUUAUCACCGAGCUGGCCAAUCGACGUUUGGCCAUGCCCUGCUUAAGUGGCGCCGAGCCCUUGGAACUCCUGCUGGAGAUUGGCCUGGAGAAGCUGUACAAGGACUACGAGUUCAUCUACACGGAGAGCAAGAUGUGCAGCACCAACCUGCUGAAGGAGGACUGCAUCGAGGCAGCGAAUGACGGUGGCUCACCGCAGAAUCUGCCCCAGCUGCGAAAAUCCCUGCACAAUGCGGUCAGGGGGGAUCCGACGCCAGGAGCAGCAGGAAUUCGAAAGACGUUGCUACACCACAACGGCGCCAACGUCAAGUCUGGGAACGCGGGGAAAUAUGCCGGCGAUGACGAUGAUGCAGGCUUCAAAAACAGCCAUUUCGACGAGCACGAGAGCACGGAGCGGGUUUCCAAGUUGUUUCAAAUCCACUGCACUCUGGAGCACCUGCUGAUGAUGCACAUCCACUUGAAUCUGUCUAAUGUUUACAACGAUGUCUGCUCUGAGCUGCUAAAGAAACCGCCCAAACUAGUGGAGGCAAUUGAUGAUCAGCUGAGCGAUGUGAUGGACAUCCGCCUAUCCGCACACCAUGUAAGAGAUCACUUGGAUGGCAAGGAUCCUUACUCACGACACAUUACCAUGCGUUCGCAUAACAAGUUCCGUGAGCUGAAAACCGUCUUCUACUUCAAUUCGGAAAACAUUUGUCCUCCUAACUUGGCUCAAUGUUUCCAGUGCGAUGACAAGGAGAUGGUCAAAGAGCGCACAUAUCAUGCCUGGCUGUACCGCAAGAUUCGUUCACUUAAGUGAGCAGGCAGGCCUGUAUAGAGAUAUUAAAUUUUAAAUGUUUAAGCAUAUUUAAGCUUAUCGAAUGUACUCAGUUUUGUAACCAAUUUUGUUUAGAACUUUAAAAAUUUUAAAAGGAAGGCAUUGAUUGCCCUUAAACUGCCAAUAUUUUGAGUUAACUGUAAUUUGUUAAAUUAUUUAAAAACAUGCUCGUAUAUUUAAUAUUUAAUUACA